GCCAUCUUAAUCGUUUGACGUCAUCAUAUAUAGUUGAGUUCCCUAAAAUGUUUUUGAUAAUCAAUAAAUGGUGUGUGCACAUGACAGUUCUCGAAGAAAUGGCUGUUAUGGCAAAACAUAUCGUAAAUUCAUAUCAUCAAUGAUAAGAAAAGUGUGAGAAGAAAAUUUUUGUGGUGAAAAUGCCGAGAGACAUAAAAUGGAAACUCGCGAUUUUCGCCGGAAUUUCCGAAUGUUUAGUUUAUGCUGAAGCAAAAUACUGUGCCUUUGAAUUACAGGGAGAAACGAAAUACUAUGUAUGCCCGAGAACUGAAUAUUGCUGCAAUUUCGGUUGCUGUGUGUCUCCCGGUUUCCAAAUGUACCAUCUAUGGUAUUACUGGCUCCUAGUAAUAAUCAUGUUCCUGGUUUGUUCCGGGGGAGGAUUGGGAUAUCGAUAUUGGUUACAAGCAAGGUACAGAGCAACAGCAUCAGAAUUUGCCAGAAGGACUUCCAAUUCGAGGACACAGAAUUCUCUUCGAGGUACAACAUGUCAUGCACAGCAAGCUAGAAUAUCGUAUAAUUCAGCAAGGAAUACCGUCCUUUUGCACCGAAUGUUAAAAGGCCCACAUAGAAGUGCAUCACCUGCCUACAAUGGCGCCGCUGCCAGUUCAACACACUACCAAAAUACAAGUGUCGUUCUAAAUGACAACAACUGCCCUUAUUAUCAAUUAUACGGUCCUCCGCCAAGUUACGAAACAGUUAUCGCGCAAACAAGAGGAAAAAUUUCAAAUCCUUCGUCUCCCGAGCACUCGAGACUGCAAUCGUCCGUAAUUCAAAAUCCAACUAUAACACCAUGUUUCGCUCAUUCCUACAGUCCAUCACGAAUAAAUGGUGUCCUUACAAAUUCACAAUUUAGCGGGACUGAUGCCAAUCAGGGCAAUCAACAUGUCGAAAAUUUUGAUUCAACCUAUCCACAUUUUGUUCAACAGUACAAUACAACUGGUGCAGCAAAUAUUCUUCGAAGACAAGAUUUUUGCCUACUCAGAAAUCCCAUGAAUUUAGGAAGAUUGUCAUCCUGUUCCGAGCAGGUUGAUUCAUUGCGAGUUGAUAAUUCAAAUCCCGAAAAAUAUUCAAUUCAAAGGAUAGACUGCGCAAGCGGUUCCAGAGAACAUUGCGAGGCCUGUGCAGAAGAGUCAAUUAUUAAAAUGCAAGGACGUACCGAGCCGCAAAUCGAAUGUCGUGUUCAUCAAAAACCUAUUUUGUCACGAUCAUCAACGACAGUCACAAUUUCCAGUGAUUUAGAUGAGAAUAACGUUGAAAAGGGUGAAAAAAAAUUGAAAAGUGAAGAUAAUACCGCCAUAAUAAAAAGUGAAUCAAUAUCAAAAAAUAGCGGCAAAAAAAACUUGUGUCAUCGAUUGCACGAGAAGAAUUUAAUUAAAAAUAAUAAUCUUUCAUGUUGUGUUGAAAAUCCUGGAAAUUUUAGUUUUUCAUCAGUUGCAAAUUUUAGUGGCACAAGCCGUUUAACGGAACCUUCAAGGCACGAUAUUGUACCAGCAGGUACAAGUUCUUUUCAAUCGAAUCCAUCCAACAAUGUGAUAUUAGCUCCUUUUACUUCUAACGCCGUGAACGAUUCACCACUUCCGUGUAAUGUUAACGACAAUGAACAACAUCGCCUUCUUAUCGCGCGUCAAGGGAGUACAAACUUGAAUCUUGAAAGUACAUGUAAAUUAGACAGGUCAAGGUCUCUCGACUGAGCAUCGUUAUCAUGUGAGUAUAGUAGGAAGUAAAACACUUUUCAGUGUCCUGUUCUCCUCGUGUAUUCUCUACACUCUUACAGUACAAAGACAUCAUUUUCAAGAAAAAUAAAAAAGAAAAAAAAAAAAACUCGAUGAAACUUUAGACAAAAAGAGAUAUAAUUAAAGGAAAUUGAAAAUUUUAUUAAUUUUUCAAAAAUUGGUCAGUACAAUGAAAAUCAUUUGAAUAUAGGAUUAUUCUCUUUAA